AUGAUGAAGGCCCUGCCAUCAGCUCUGCUUGCUGUCACGCUACAGUGCUCUGCGAGUGGCGCGCCGCCAGCGGAGGAGUGCCAAGAUGCAGAGAGGGCAGGAUUCUCCAUGCUGCAAGCACAUCUCGUCUCCAGGGACCGACACCUGGCCUCUGGUCCAUAUCACUGGGCCUCAGGACGUGGGAACUUUCCCAACUAUACAGUCUCUACAACUUCGGGUCCUUUCAACUUGUCGGACUCGCUGGCCUGGGAGUGGCAUCACCCAUUGGGAAGGUUCGCAACGCUGACGUACGGCACGGCUAUCGAUGAUGACAGCAAUAUCUAUCUUUCAGCUGCCGACGGCGUCAGAAAGUUUGAUUCAAGUGGCACGCUGCUAUGGGAAUUUCCAACGCUCCCUAAGGAGGUGAUGAAUGCCCCGUUCCUCUACGAUGGAAUGGUGUAUGCCAGUGACACCCACGGAUUUGUAUUUGCGUUGGACAUGCAGACAGGCAAGCAAGUAUGGAACACGCAGAUCGCGGACAAGACUGGUCAAGACAAUGGUUUCAACAUGGUCCACGACGGAGUUGCACUGGCAGCAUGCGAUUGGCGUCUCCCUACCAACUUUGAUUCGGGCGCGAACCAGAAAGUCAAGGGCUUGAAUGCCAGCACCGGAGAAGAGCUGUGGAGCUUUGAGCCAGACGUGCCGGUCUGGAACUUUUUGCCACUCCUUGUGGAAGGUGGCUCCUUCGUCUUUCAGGACAUGACGGGCAAAGCUUAUCGCGUGCUCUUGAAGACUGGGGAGCUGGUCUGGAAGGCUGGCGGCGUUGAGUCCACCUGGACUGAUGGCGGCGCGGCACUGGGCCCGAACGGCCUGGUCUACACGGUAGCGAACAACCAUCCCAUGCCGCUCAACUGGAUCCCCGAACACGCCCCUGGAACGUUGAGCGCCUUCAACGUCAGCGAUGGGCGGCUGGUUUGGAAGAUUACAACCCCACGGCCCCCGAACAGUGCGCCGGCCGUCGGCUACGUCAAGAACUUCCCUGGCCUGUCGAUAGUUAUGCCUGUGUGCCAGCAGAUACGAAUUGGAGCCACCUGCGAUGUGGAAGUUUACGAUGCAGAAACCGGUGGCCUCCGAUGGACAUUCCACGGACCGAUGCAAACAGGCCUCCUCCAGGCCGGUGAUGCCGAAGGAAUAGCCUUCCGGAGCAAACGCGGCAUUCGGCCGUAUUGCAUGCCGCUGGGUUGA